CCCUAUCCCGAGGCCGCUGUAAGACCGCCUCCUCCCGGGCAGGGGGCGCUGGAAGUUUCCCGGUCCUUCUCUCGCCUCUCCAUUCUCUCGUCGGGCCGGACAUGGCAGUGACAGUAGUGCAAGUGGAGUACGGUGCCCGGCCGCUAAUUAGGCAACAGAAGCCAAACGGCGUUGAAGCGAGCCCGGCUCGGAGGAGUCUAGAAGCUGUGUGAGGUUCUCAGCUCACACAGAGCCGCUCGUUUCUGUAGGUGUGCGAACGUAGCGGAGGGAGGGGAAACCUGCGGCUCCGGUCGGAGCCUGUGCUGCCCGCUCGGCAUGAGGAGCUUGCGGCCCCAGACAAAAGUCUAAAAAGGUUCGUAACCAAUGGAGAACUAUUUUGAGGAAGAAUCGUACAACCUGGAUAAAGUAUUAGACGAAUUUGAAAAGAACGAAGAUGAGACUGUCUCUCCAAAGCUGUUAGAUGCAAAGUGGAAUCAAAUCAUAGAACCACAUUCCCAUAGAGUCCCUGAAAACCCAGCUCUUGACAAUGUCUGUAAAUCAAUCAUUGCUAUUGAAGCUCAUCUCAAAGUCAGGUCACCCAGCUUGACAGCCCUUGAGAUAUCCACAUUUGUGAAUGGAGAAGUUAGUAUAGUGGCACCAGAAAUGCCCAAAAUGGUGAUAGGAGACACCAUAAUGGCAGAGGAUUCAUUUUUUAAUAACACUGGUCCCUCUGAAAUUGUAUGCAACCCAUCAACUGUGGAAAGUCAGAGUUUACAAGUUUUAGAUGAUGUAUCAGUGAGUAUUCACAAUGAAAAAAGUGUUCUGCUCGACGAUGGAUUCUCUCCAUGCAGUAGCCCGAAAACUGUUAUAAACCCUGUCUGCUUGACCAUGGAUAAUGAAACACCCUUGCACGAACAGAUAAUUGUUAAUGACAAAGACAAAGAAACUGUAUCAAUUUCAGUUCUUCCAACAAUCAUACAGGAUACUGCUAACUUAAGCACAGACCUAGCUCUUAAUAAACCCAGCACUGAAGAACCUUAUACAGCAUUAAAAGAAACCACAUCAGUCAUUCUGCCUGAAACGCCUUAUUCCACAUGUGCUGUCCUUUCCUUUGAAAAUAACAAGGUACCCAGCUGUCAAUUAAAUAAUACAGAUCUACUCAGCGUUUCACCAGUAGUUGAAGCAUGUAGUGAGCAGCAGCCAAAACAUACAUCUUCCUCCCAUGAAGAAAAACUUUUUGCAGGUGUGCCUGCAACAGCAUCCUUUCCAGCCACUGCUGUGGAAACUGUGCUAAAUAAUGAGGCUCUCCAUAGUGCUGAAUCUUUUGACAUUGUUGUAAAGAACUUUUCUGACUCUUGUGUGAUUAAUGGUGACUUCUCAAAAACUAGUGGACUAUCACAUGAAAGCAAUGAAAAGUUUUAUGCAAGUAAAAUGUUUCAAGGAGGGAUAGAUACUAAUGUCUUAUUGGAAGAUACAUGCAUAGCUUCUAAAGAAGGAAUGGAUUUGCAUGAAGAAAAUGGAACUAAUGCACCACUGUUUCUGUACAAUGGGUGUGAUUCCUAUGGAAUAAAAAACCCUGCUGUAGCUCAUAACCCAAAGAAUUUACCAUCGAAAGAAGAUUCUGUGACCGAAGAAAAGGAAAUUGAAGAAAGCAAGUUAGAAUACUACACUGGUAUUUAUGAACAACAGAAGGAAGAUGAGGUUACAGAGAGGAGUGGACUCCUGUUAAAUGCCAAGGUUGACCAAAUGAAGAACAAUUUGCAUAGUCUUUGUAGUCAGGUUUCAUCCAUGCAUGGGCAAACAUCACCAAAAAAGGGCAAGAUUGUGCAAUCCCUCAGUGUUCCAUAUGGUGGAGCACGCCCAAAGCAGCCAACUCAUCUUAAACUCCAUAUUCCAAAGCCAUUGUCUGAAAUGUUACAGAGUGAUCUCAUUCCUCCAAAUGCUGGUUGCAGCUCUAAAAACAAAAAUGACAUGUUAAACAAGUGUAAUCAAGGGGAUAAUCUGAUGUCAGAAUCAUUACGUGAGGAAUCUUCAGUGCGCAGCCCUGUUACUGAUGCUAAUGGUGAAGUCCCUGGCAGCCUGUGCCUUGCAGUGUCUCCAGACAGCCCAGACAACGAUCUGCUCGCUGGGCAGUUUGGGGUACCCAUCUCUAAGCCAUUUACUACUCUAGGGGAAGUGGCUCCUGUCUGGGUGCCUGAUUCCCAUGCACCAAACUGCAUGAAGUGCGAGGCCAGGUUUACGUUUACCAAAAGGAGGCAUCACUGCCGAGCUUGCGGAAAGGUGUUUUGUGCUGCUUGUUGCAGUCUAAAAUGCAAACUUCAGUACAUGGAUAAAAAGGAGGCUCGUGUGUGUGUUAUUUGUCAUUCUGUGCUUAUGAAUGCUCAAGCGUGGGAGAAUAUGCUAAGUGCAUCAGUCCAAAGCCCAAAUCCAAAUAAUCCUGCUGAAUACUGCUCAACUAUUCCUCCCAUGCAGCAGGCACAAGCUUCAGGAGCAUUGAGUUCACCACCUCCCACCGUCAUGGUACCAGUGGGAGUGUUAAAACAUCCAGGAACUGAAGGGUCGCAGUCAAAGGAACAGCGGCGUGUUUGGUUUGCAGAUGGAAUAUUACCUAAUGGAGAGACUGCAGACUCAGAAAAAGCAAAUGGAACUGCAGUGGCAGGGACACUUACUGUGUCACAUACCAACAAUUCUGCAUCUUCAGAGUCUGAGAACACUUCUGGAUUCUGUGGCAGUAUAACUCAGGUUGGCAGUGCAAUGAAUCUUAUUCCGGAAGAUGGGCUUCCUCCUAUACUUAUUUCUACUGGAGUAAAAGGAGAUUACGCAGUUGAGGAGCGCCCUUCCCAGAUGUCUGUGAUGCAGCAGCUAGAGGAUGGAGGACCAGAUCCUUUAGUUUUUGUUCUAAAUGCAAAUCUUUUGGCCAUGGUUAAGAUUGUGAACUAUGUUAACAGGAAAUGCUGGUGCUUUACUACAAAGGGAAUGCAUGCAGUGGGCCAGGCUGAGAUUGUAAUCCUAUUGCAGUGCCUGCCUGAUGAGAAGUGCCUGCCGAAGGACCUGUUUAGCCAUUUUGUCGAACUGUACCGGGAGGCGCUUGCGGGUAAUGUUGUGGGGAAUCUGGGCCAUUCCUUCCUGAGCCAGAGUUUCCUGGGUAGUAAGGAACAUGGUGGAUUUCUUUAUGUAACGCCGACCUACCAGUCUCUCCAGGACCUGGUUCUUCCUGCAGAGCCGUACUUGUUUGGAAUCCUUAUUCAAAAGUGGGAGACUCCAUGGGCCAAAGUGUUCCCCAUACGGCUUAUGCUGCGUUUAGGUGCAGAAUACAGAUUGUACCCGUGCCCACUCUUCAGUGUUCGAUUCAGAAAACCUCUAUUUGGGGAAACUGGACACACCAUCAUUAAUGUUCUAGCUGAUUUCAGAAACUAUCAGUAUACUCUGCCAGUGGUGCAGGGCUUGGUGGUGGAUAUGGAGGUCAGAAAAACCAGCAUCAAAAUCCCCAGCAACAGAUACAAUGAGAUGAUGAAAGCGAUGAACAAAUCCAAUGAGCAUGUGCUUGCCAUAGGUGCAUGCUUCAAUCAGAUGGCUGACUCUCACCUUGUGUGUGUGCAGAAUGAUGAUGGCAAUUACCAGACCCAGGCCAUUAGUAUCCACAAACAGCCACGUAAAGUGACUGGGGCCAGCUUUUUUGUCUUCAGUGGGGCUCUAAAGUCUUCUUCCGGCUACCUGGCCAAAUCCAGCAUUGUAGAAGAUGGGGUAAUGGUUCAGAUCACCGCAGAGAGCAUGGAUGCCCUCAGACAGUCCCUUAGGGAGAUGAAGGACUUCACCAUUACAUGUGGAAAAGCUGAUGCAGAGGAGACACAGGAGCAUGUCUAUGUCCAGUGGGUGGAGGAUGACAAGAAUUUCAACAAAGGCGUUUUUAGUCCGAUUGAUGGCAAAUCAAUGGAGUCUGUGACCAGUGUCAAGAUUUUUCAUGGCUCAGAAUACAAAGCUAGUGGUAAAAUCAUUCGCUGGACAGAGGUCUUCUUUCUGGACAAUGAGGAGCAACAGAGCGGCCUGAGUGACCCUGCUGACCACAGCCGAUUGACUGAAAAUGUGGCUAAAGCAUUCUGCUUAGCACUUUGCCCACACCUUAAGCUACUGAAGGAAGAUGGAAUGACCAGGUUGGGGCUAAGGGUCUCACUGGACUCAGACCAGGUUGGAUACCAAGCAGGAAGCAAUGGGCAACCCCUGCCUGCCCGAUACACCAAUGAUUUGGACGGUGCCUUGGUACCAGUGAUACACGGGGGCACGUGCCAGUUAAGUGAAGGGCCUGUCAGUAUGGAGCUGAUCUUUUAUAUCCUUGAGAACAUCUCCUAGGAAAGACAUAUGUGUCUCCUCACAAACUGUCUGCCAUCGCCCAAACCAUUUGCACUUUAACCGCAAAAGAUUCAUUUUUCUUUUCUUUUGCUAACACUAGUAUUAGGUCAGGGUGUGAGAGGUGGACACCUGAACUCUUAAACCUUCUAUGCAUUUUCAGCAGUAAGGAACAAGCUGCAGCUGGGAAUUUCCUGUUAUUAACCCCAUGCGUGGCGUUAGAAGUGUUCAGUGGCACUGACUAUCUAGCUGUACAACCUUCUCUGGCUCCCUUAGGGACUGUGGUGCCAAGGGGAGAGACAUUCAAGUUUAAAAUGAAAACUCUAAAUACAAUCAGGAAUCUCACUCUGACCUCAUUUUAAUCAUCACUGCGACUUUUUAUUCCUGCUCGUUUUAUUAUUUUCAUCUGACUCAAGUUUACAUUGUCAAGACCAGCCUAAGCCUUCAACCCUUUCUCAUUUAAAUUACCUGCGCAUGGCAAGGAGACCUUUGUUACACAGCCUGAAAUAUACCAAUCACUACCCAACCCACAAGCAUGAAUCCAACGUUUUCCUGACUGGUUGGCUCUGCUGUGUAAGGGUCAGCAAUAUUAUUUUUCUACAGCUCACAAAACUUUGUCUAUGUCUGUCUUUCUCAUGGGGAAUUUGCAUCACCCACUGGGUAGCCCCUGGAGAGAAGGAUUUUACCUGUGUCAUUGGAAAGUAUGUAAUAUACAGUCUUAGUGUAUGGUGUUGCUAUGUAACACCUGGUUGACAGUGCAAUGCAAAGGCACUGAUUCUAUGGAAGGCUAUUGCGCUUAUAAAAAUAGUCUGUGAGAUCAUACACUGUACCAUAUGUUUCUGCUGGAAACCUUUCUGUCACCCUGUUAUCUGCUUGUUAAGAAAUGCCAGCUCUUCAUAACACUAUCGAUCAACCUAAUUACUUACAGGAGACAUACGGCUAUAUAAGAGACAGAUUUCAUGCCAGCCAGAAUCAGCCUAUAAUAUGCCCUCAUUUAUAGAAUGCAGUAUUUUAGCUUUUUUUUUGCAACUCUUAAUUUAAGGUUUUCUGUAGCCUUUUUUUAAACUAUAUUUAAUAACUAAUUUAUUUUUAUAGGGAGUCAGCUGCCUCUUCUGAUAAGCUAAUGCAUUGCCUUUUAUUCUAAAGAUUUAUUUAUGUUCCCAUUUGGUGCAGGAUUUAAGUGGAAGCUAAUAAUACGUGUACAAGGGGGUUAUGUAUCAUUGCUCCAGAGGUAAGGCAACUCAUACCUGCAAGUAUCAUUUAUUGGACCAAUACAAUGUAAUUUAGGAUCACACUGACAGUAUAUGUAGCAAAUAGUUAGCUCUGUGUUUUGUAUAGAAAUAUUAUGUGGACAAAAAGGUGUCAGUUAUUCAGUACUGCUGGGUACCGUCGCAGCAAUGAUAGGAAAUCUAUUCUAUUCCCUGAAUAGUGCGACCCAGCAGCAGCUUCCUCAAGUGGGUCACAGCCCAUUCUUCUGUACUGCUAGAAUUAGUAAAUGCUUCAGCCAUGGGUUACAAGCUGUGAUAUUAAAGUUUAUUGGUUUAUUGGAAUAAAAUAACAUAUUCAGUAGUUAUUAAAAAGAACUAUGUAUUGUUGGUGGAAAAUUUAAAGGUUAAAGCCAA